AAUUCCUUAGUCUGCCAUCGCACGGUCUUGUUGGUUGGGCAUUUAUUAUUAAAUAUAUGCCUAACUGGUUUUCUGUUCGAAGGCUGGCUAAGCUUUUCAAUUCCUUAGUCAGUUUGUUGUUCCAAAUAUGGAUGUGAUUGUUUCUCUGAUCUUGGAGCAGGCAAAAGCAGUGCUGCAACCAGAGGUGGAUCUGAUUACCGGUCUAUGUAGGGAAAUUCAUACUCCGAUAUUCCAUCUCCAAACGUACGCUGCUAUGGAGGAGACUGCGAGGCAACAAAUCUGGUUUUGGGCACACAGCUUCAGAGAAACCUGUUCUGAUUUUUACAACUGAAUGCAUCAAAAGCUUUAAUGAGACAGAGCUAGCAAGACUAAAGAAUACAAGGCAUAAUAAAUAGCUUCAAUGAGA